UUCUUAUCUGGCCUAACAGCCGAAACCAUACGUUUUCCUUUAUAUUUUGUUCACCACUUGGGAGCAAUGUUGAAACAGAGUUUGAUAAGCUAUGCUAUUAGUUUAUGUUGUAUGCCAACGCAUUUAUGAGCUGGGGGCGAAAUUUGCAAUAAAGGUCUUCAUUUUAGAUUCUGUAUCAUAUUAAACAUUUCUUGUCUUCUUUAUUCUUUUCAGUUGAGAACACCGCGCCGAGAGAAGUUCCAGAAGGCCCGCAGUCGGAGGUCAGCAAGGUGGUGACUCAACUGAAGCCGCCAUCUGUACCCGUGGCGCGGGUUAAAAGCAAAGAGGGCAGACAGCUCCUCUCUCACUGGCUCAGGGCACUGCAGCCUGGCGACAAGAGAAUGGGAUUCGGAAAGGACAACACACGCCCGACGUUCUGGCCCAAGCAUCUGCCUUGGCCGAAAAAGCUGAACUCGCUGUCGACCGAGCAGAUGCGUGAAGCCUUGGCGGCGGCGCUGUCUUAUGCCGGGGAGGACCCAGUGACCUUCUGUCAGCGAGCAACCAGCGCCCAGCAGCCAUCUCAGGGCCCAGGCACCUCCGGCCGACCGACCGCUCCCACCCCGCCAGUCCUGUCAGACCAGGCCCCAGCCGCUGUUCCCGGGCCGUCAUCUCGGGAGGUACCACCGGCACCGCAGGCCCACUCCACACCCACACCCACACCCACCACCACGACCGCGGAGUUUUCACUUCUGGAUUCUUCUUUUUCCUCCUCCUCUUCCUCCUCUUCCUCCUCCUCAAGUUCUUCUCCAGACUCUCCUGCCUCUCCCGUUCGACCUAUUCUCACUGUCUUGCAAACUGUAACGCCUUCUCGUUUCUCUACGAUUUCUCCCGGACCAGCACCCAAGAAGCGACGAACCGAAGGAGACAAUAAGAGUGCCAAGAAGAGGAAGGCAGCUCAGCGCAUCAGGCGGCGACACCUGCCACCACGGGUCUACACACCAAGUGACUACUAGCGUCAUUUUAUCAAUUUUGUCUUUUUAUAUUUAGGUAGAUAAGCUUAGUAUUUUUUAGUUAGUAUUAUAUAGAAAUAGAAGUCACUUAGUAGCAUAAGAUUCUUGUGUUGAUUAUCGUUGUAUAUAUUUCAUGUAUCUUUCAAACUUUGUACUUACUUUUGUACUUAUACACCCAGUUUGUAUGUAUGUACUAUAGAUAUAGUAAGCGUUACUGUGCUUCUUUUUAUUAUUUUAAGUAAACGAAAUGUUAUGUUUAGUAUUGUAAAAUAAAUGAAACGAUUUUAAGUGAUCUUGCCAUGUUGUAAUUAACUUGUAACUUGCGUAUGUAGAUUUCCUUAUGUCGGUUAGAGAAAUAAACAUUUGCGUUGUACAUGA